CAGCGCCGCCGCCCGGCUUGCGGCUGUGGGCGGCGAGCGCGGCGGGCUGGCGGCGGCGCCGUCGCCGCCCAAGCAGGUGGUUGGCGUCUUCCCGCCGGGCCGGCCGAAGGUCGCCGUCGUCGGUGCCGGCUGGGGCGGGCUCGGCGCGGCGAAGGCGCUGUGCGAGAAUGGCUGUGAGGUGAUCAUGCUGGACGGUAUGCCCGACCCCACUGGCAAGACGCCGUUCCUGACGCCUUCUGGCAAGCCUUUCGACAUCGGCCAGAGGGGUUUCUGGAAGGAGCGAGGGCUUACCGAUUGUAUGAAUACGACCGAAGGCAAGUCAUGCUAUAUGUGAGUUCGACACUGCGCGAUGUGCUAGAUUCAGUAUGCAGAUGACGUCUCUGGAUCCGAGUCCAAGGUCUGC